UGUAGCUUCCGCUUUCUGCAGCAUGAUCUAUUUAAAAUAAAAUGAAAAAGGGAAAAGUGGGAAAUCGAUGCGUCAAUCUUAGGUCUCAAUUAUUUCCUCUUCUUCGGUGAUUUCUGGGCAAGAUGCUCUGAUUUGGGCAAGCAACUCUGUCAAUGGAUUAAUCUCGUUUCGAAAUUUCUGAGUUUGCUCAAUGUGAGUGAAUUUGUUCUUCGAUUUGUGUUGAAUUUCGUCCCUGUGUUAAAUUUCAGAAGCGUCUUGUAGUUUGAUUGUGAAACUUAGCUUCUUGAGUUACUUCGUUGGAAUUUUGGAGUUAGGGUUUGCUUUUACAUGUUUAAUCUUUUAUCGAGUGGUUGGUAGAAUAAGUGGAUCUCGCUACAAUGCUUCUGAUCAUCAACUCGAAGAAGCUUUGAUUGAUUGAUUUGCUAGAUGACGGAUGAUGAUUUCUGAGAUACCGCUGGGAGAGGAGUCUAUCCGGCAGGAUCUUGAGGUUUUAACCAUGUCGAAGCGGCUUGUGAAAAGUGUUAGCCAGAAGUUGAAGAAAAAGAUUCAUAAAUCGGAGGUGGUGGAAGAUGAAGUGGAUGCAAGGGGAGCGGUUAAUUGUCUAAGCAUCAGUGUUAGUUGCAGAGUUGCUGAUACAGGUGAGAAUUUUGAGGAUCGUACUGAUAAGAGGUUUUCCAGUGCUAGUGAGGAGGGUAAGGGAUUAUUGAUGACCAUAUGCGGAACUGAAGAAACUAGGUUGGAUUGCUUUUCUUAUGGGGUUAAAGAGAGAUUCUGGAAGAAGCAUAAUAGAAAAUAUUUAGUCGACUCGGCCCAGGAUUAUCGGAAGCACAUAUUCCUUCCUGACGAUAUUCUGGAAAUGUGCUUGAUGAGGCUUCCUUUGACUAGCCUAUUGAAUGCACAGCUUGUUUGCAAGAAAUGGCGAUCCAUGGCCACCAACCAGCGGUUUCUCCAGAUUAGACGAGAAGGCUCCUUUCAAACCCCAUGGUUCUUUCUGUUUGCUGCUCUUAAAGAUGGCUGCUCCUCUGGUGAAAUUCACGGGUAUGAUGUAUCUCAAGAAAAAUGGCAUAGUAUUGAAUCUGAUCUACUUAAAGGGCGGUUUAUGUACUCCGUGACGAGCAUCCAUGAGGAGAUUUAUAUAAUUGGAGGUCGUUCUACGGAUAGGAACUCUUUCAAGUCCCACAGAGGUAUCUUGGUAUUCAGCCCUUUAACCAAAUCAUGGCGUAAAAUUGCAUCUAUGAGAUAUGCUAGAUCACUUCCCAUUGUUGGUGCCACUGAAGUUACUUCAGAAUUCUCGACCAUACAGACCCAACAUAAUCGCCAACAUAGACGCUUUUACCUGUCAAGAAGUGGCGGGGAAUCAGACGUUUAUGAAGACCCUCACAGGCUAUCGGUAAGACGACAGAACAGAAACUUGUCUGAUCAAAAUGGAACUAAAUCCCACAGAUUAACAAGACAAAAGCUUGAUCGGCUUAACCGAAACAGCUCCAAGAGAAUUGUGCUCAUUGCCAUAGGAGGCACUGGAUUGUUCGAUGAGCCACUUGAUUCAGGUGAAAUGUACGACUCAUCAACAAACGCAUGGUCAGAAAUUCAGAGACUCCCAAUGGAUUUCGGGGUUGUAAGUUGUGGGAUCAUAUGCAAUGGAAUCUUCUACGCUUAUUCUGAGAAUGAUAAGCUAUCAGGGUAUGACAUUGAGAGAGGCUUCUGGAUUGCGAUCCAAACCCCAAUCCCUCCUCGGGUUCAUGAGUUCUACCCUAAACUCGUCUCCUGUAACCAUCGGUUGUUCAUGCUCUCAGUCUCAUGGUGCGAUGAAGGAGAUGGACAAAUUGGGAGGAGAAACAAAGCGGUGAGAAAGCUGUGGGAGUUGGAUCUUGUGUACCUCACAUGGACCGAGGUUUCAGUACACCCGGAUGCACCAAUGGAUUGGAACGCCACAUAUGUCUCAGACCAGAACAUAGUAAUGGGAGUUGAGAUGUUCAAGAUCUUUGGGCAGGUAUUAAGUUUCUUCACUGUCUGCGAUAUAUUAACGGAAGAAGCUUCUUGGAGACAUGUUUCGAGGAACCAAAGGAGUCAAAAACUUAAUCUAUCUUGUAUGAACAAGACCAUUGCCUUGCUUCAUCUCUGAUCUUUUUCAAUUCAUUUUUAUAACUUUCAGGACUCAGUCAAAAUUGAUUGAUUCAUGUAUUGAAAAGAAAUGCAAUGUGCUAGUCCCUUGUGAUUGAUUUGAUAUGUAAUGUUUAUACUUUUACAGAAUUUGUUCUGCAAUUCCUUUGGAGUUAGGAAUA